AUAUACCAAACCUAAAAAAUGUCAUUCGAUAUAGCAAAUGGUGAAUGAUGAUAAUCAUAUGCAAUAACAAUUGAUACUCAAUCAAAAAACGAGAGGCAAGGUCAAGAAAAAAUAUGCAUAUAUAUACAAUGGCGGUGGCGAGUUUGCGUUAGUACAUUUAAAUUUUGUUGAGUAAUAUAUCAUAUCAACGUAAAAUAAACUUGUGGGAAAUUUCAUAAUAAUCACGUGAAUUUUGUGGAAUUCGUUUAAGCGGUUCGAAUUAUCGAAGCUCAUAAAAAAUGUCAAGUAAUUCCUUGAAAGAAGUUAUUUUGUGCAGAGGAGUAGUAGACAGCAACGAGACGCAAAGUGAAUACAUAAAAACGUUCGAAACAGCUGGUUACACAUGUAAACAUCUGAACGUCUUGAGGUUCGAGUUUUUAAACCUUAAGAGGCUCAGGGAACGCCUACUUUUGCCAAAUUCUUACGGUGGUUUGAUCGUAACUAGUCGAAGGACGAUUGAGGCGAUUGGUUCAGCGCUCCAAGGUCAUCAAAUUCCUAAUGAAUGGAAAAAGUUACCUGUAUUUUGCGUGGGUCCGGCGACUUCAUCGUUUGCCGAAAAAAGUCUAAAUUUUGAAAAUUGUUUGGGUUCGAAUUGCGGCAAUUCGAGAGAAUUAGCAAAUUAUAUAAUCAAAGAAAUAUCACAAAAUUCAAAGCCUUUAUUGUAUCCUUGCAGCGCAAUAGCGCGAGACACCAUUGAGCAAACGUUGAACGAAAACCAAAUAAAUAUUGAAAAAUUUCCCACUUACAACACUCUACCAGCAGAAAAUUUAGAGAAUGAUCUCAAUCGAAUAACCCACGAAACGAAUCCAACAUUCGUUUUUUUUAGUCCAUCUGCCGUAGAGUUCACCCUUGCAGCAGCAAAAGAGAAAAAUUUAAAUAUUCAAGCUGUUGCUAUUGGUCCGGCCACAGCAGAUGCUUUGACUAAAGCAGAAAUUCGUGUUCUUGCAGUUUCAAGUAAGCCAGAGCCAGAAUCUUUGCUCGAAGCUGUGAUUAAUGCUCACCUGUAGAAUGAACUUGAAAUCUCUAGCGAUUGACCGUUAAUUACGUUUGAUAUUUUAUAAAUUGAUCUAUAUUAGCAUAAUCUUGUAAUCGAAUGUAAAAUAAACAUUUUUAUUCGUU